AUGGCCGUCAAUCAAGUGCCAUCGACGACGACGCCGCCCGCCGUGCCCCCCGCCGGCGUCUGGUGUCCAGCCGUCACCUGCUUCACCGACGACGACGAGCUCGACCUCGCCGCGCAGUCCAAGUACUUUGCGCACCUAUCCCGCUCCGGGCUAGCGGGUCUCGUCGUCAUGGGCACAAACUCAGAAGCCAUGCUGCUCACGCGCGAAGAGCGCUCGCAGCUCAUCGCCACCGCGCGGCAGGCCGUCGGCCCCGGGUUCCCCCUCAUGGCCGGCGUCGGCGCCCACUCGACCAAGCAGACGCUCCAGCUCGCCGAGGACGCGGCCGCCGCCGGCGCCGACUACCUGCUGGUGCUGCCGCCCGCGUACUUUGGCAAGGCGACCACCAUGGCCACGGUGCGGCGCUUCUUCGCCCGCGUCGCCGCCGAGGCCGCGCUCCCCGUCGUCAUCUACAACUUCCCCGGCGUGUGCAACGGCGUCGACAUGGACUCGGACACCAUGACGGCCAUUGUGCGCGACAGCGCCCGCGCCAACGGGGGCCGCUCGCGCGUCGUCGGCGUCAAGCUGACCUGCGGCUCCGUCGGGAAAAUCACCCGCCUGGCCGCGCAGCACCGGCCCGAGGACUUUGCCGUGUUCGGCGGCCAGUCUGACUUUUUGAUCGGGGGGCUGGCCGCCGGGAGCGCGGGGUGCAUCGCCGCCUUUGCCAACGUUUGCCCGCGGCUGACGGCCGAGAUAUACAGCCUCUACGUUGGGGGGGAGCGCCAGAGGGCCAUGGAGCUGCAGCGCCUGGCGGCUCUGGCUGAGAGCCCGUGCAAGAGCGGCAUCGCCGCGACCAAGUUUGCCGCUACGUUGUUCUCGGCCCGGCUGGCUGGCAUUGAGGACCCCGAGGCCAAGUUCCGCCCUAGGCAUCCCUACGAGGAACCGAGUGAGGCGGCAAAGGACGCUGUUAGGGAGGCUUUGAAGGAGGCGGGGGAGAUGGAGCACAGGCUGCAGAAAUCGUCUGUCUGA